AUGUUUAUUGUGGUAAAAAACGCGGUUUUCUCUGAAGUGGGCACUGGGGUCUUAGCCAAUGCCGUCCUCCUUCUCUUCCACAUCCUCACAUUUCUUCUCGAGCACAGGCCCAAGCCCACCAACCUGACUAUUGCUCACUUGGCCCUGAUCCACUUAUUCAUGCUGCUGACUCUGGGUUUCGUGGCUACAGGCAUUUUUGGGUCUUACCACUUUUGGAGUGACAUCAAAUGUAAGACAAUUAUCUACCUGUACACGUUGAUGAGGGGCCUGUCCAUUAGCACCACCUGCCUGCUGAGUGUCCUCCAGGCCAUCAGCCUCAGCCCCAGGAGCUCCUGUUUGGCAAAGUUCAAACGUAACUUGUCACAUCACAGCCAGUGUGGCUUUCUCUUCCUAUGGGUCUUCAAUAUGUCUAUUACUGGUCGCUUCUUACUCUCCACUAGUGCCACCCCCAAUGUGACUUCAUAUGGUCUUAUGUUUGUUGCUGAAUCCUGCCAAUUCUGGCCCCCAAAUGACUUCAAGAUGUUUUUCACACUGUUCACCUUCCGGGAUGUCUUCCUGAUAGGGCUCAUGGCCCUCUCCAGUGGCUACAUGGUGACUCUCUUAUUCAGGCAUAAGAGGCAGUCCCAGCAUCUUCACAGCACCAACCUUUCUCCAAAAGCAACCCCAGAGCAAAGGGCCACCCAGACCAUUCUGCUGCUCAUGGGCUUCUUUGUGGUCAUGUACUUUUUGGACUGCAUUUUCUCCUCAACAACCUUGUGGUACAAUGACCCAGUUCGCCUUUGUGUCCAGAUACUUGUGGGCAAUGGCUUUGCUGCCAUCAGUCCUUUGGUGCUAAUCAGUACUGAAAAACGAAUAAUCAAGUUAUUAAAUCUACAUUGGAAACGUCAGUAA